AUUCUUUCUUUAAUAUCUCCCUUUCGCUGCAAUAUCUUCCUAACCAAAAAAAAUCUCUUUUUGUAGCAGGAAACACGUAUAACUAAAUUUCAUGCGUACCCAAUCGGUUCUUUAUAUCUGUUAUGUUAAGUAGGGUUUCAAAACAAAUCAAUUUCAAAGAUGCUAGAAACUCUAAGACCAAUAACAUACAUUUCUGCUACGUCUACUGUUAAAUUUCAAUGUUGUAGACUCCAAUCUAGGGUUUUCCACCACCGUUUUAUCCCUGUUAAUAGUUCCCUUACUUUGCCUUCAAUUAACCCUAAAUCCUUCAAUUUUUUAUCGAAUACCAAAAUCAGAGACUAUAAAAUCUUAGCCAGAUGUCAAGAUAGUGAUUCUACCGAGAAAACAAGCACCGAAACCGAGCCACAAAACAACCCGCCGCCAUCACCGUCACCUUCGAAUUCAGGGUCAAAGCAGAAGAGAGAGAAGCAAGGGAAAAGCCAAUGGUGGUUUUCCAAGAAGCAGAAUUGGAAAUGGCAACCUUUAAUUCAAGCGCAAGAAAUUGGUGUCUUGCUUUUGCAAUUAGGGAUUGUUAUGUUCGUUAUGCGGUUGCUUCGACCCGGGAUUCCUUUGCCCGGGUCCGAGCCAAGGCAACCCACUACUUUUGUCAGCGUGCCUUAUAGUGAGUUUUUGGGUAAAAUUAGCGGUAAUCAAGUGCAAAAAGUGGAGGUUGAUGGUGUGCAUAUAAUGUUUAAGUUGAAAGAUGAAGGAGUUAGUGGUCAAGAGAGUAGCAGUGAAGUGGUUGAUAGCAAGUUUCAAGACUCGGAAUCUUUGUUAAGGAGUGUGACGCCUACUAUGAAAAAGAUUUUGUAUACUACGACGAGGCCUACUGAUAUUAAGACUCCGUAUGAGAAAAUGCUGGAGAAUCAGGUGGAGUUUGGUUCGCCUGAUAAGAGGUCCGGCGGAUUCUUGAAUUCAGCAUUGAUAGCUUUGUUCUACGUAGCUGUGCUUGCAGGGCUUCUUCAACGUUUCCCUGUUACCUUUUCUCAGCAUACAGCUGGUCAGGUUAGGAACCGCAAGUCUGGGGGUUCUGGAGGUUCAAAAGUGUCCGAGCAAGGUGAAACAAUAACUUUUGCUGAUGUUGCUGGGGUUGAUGAAGCUAAAGAAGAGCUAGAAGAAAUUGUGGAAUUUCUCAGGAAUCCAGACAGGUAUGCAAGACUUGGUGCUCGUCCUCCUCGAGGUGUUCUCCUGGUGGGCCUUCCUGGGACAGGUAAGACUCUUCUAGCAAAGGCUGUUGCUGGAGAAGCUGAAGUUCCCUUUAUAAGUUGUUCUGCAAGUGAAUUUGUUGAGUUGUAUGUCGGCAUGGGUGCCUCCCGUGUGCGAGAUCUCUUUGCCCGGGCAAAGAAGGAGGCACCAUCAAUAAUAUUUAUUGAUGAGAUAGAUGCUGUGGCUAAAAGUCGUGAUGGAAAAUACCGCAUUGUUAGCAAUGAUGAAAGGGAGCAGACUUUGAAUCAGUUGCUCACUGAGAUGGAUGGGUUUGAUAGCAACUCUGCUGUUAUUGUUCUUGGUGCAACAAAUCGCUCAGACGUGUUAGACCCUGCACUUCGCCGACCAGGAAGAUUUGAUCGUGUGGUUAUGGUGGAAACACCUGAUAGGAAUGGAAGAGAAGCCAUCUUAAAAGUACAUGUUUCCAAGAAAGAACUGCCUCUGGGAGAGGAUGUUAACCUCAGUGACAUUGCCUCUAUGACUACUGGUUUAACUGGGGCAGAUCUUGCAAAUCUGGUAAACGAAGCUGCUUUGUUGGCUGGAAGGAAAAACAAAGUAGUAGUGGAGAAAUUUGAUUUCAUUCAGGCAGUGGAGCGGUCAAUAGCUGGCAUUGAGAAGAAGACUGCCAAGUUGCAAGGAAGUGAGAAGGCUGUGGUUGCACAUCAUGAAGCUGGCCAUGCAGUAGUAGGUACUGCUGUUGCUAAUAUUCUUACUGGACAGCCACGCGUAGAGAAGUUGAGCAUAUUACCAAGGUCAGGAGGGGCUUUGGGCUUUACAUAUACACCCCCAACAAACGAGGAUAGAUAUUUGCUCUUCAUUGAUGAGUUGCGUGGCCGCUUGGUUACUCUUCUUGGAGGACGGGCAGCAGAAGAAGUUGUUUAUUCAGGUCGUGUCUCGACAGGUGCCCUGGAUGAUAUUCGGCGGGCUACUGAUAUGGCAUACAAAGCAGUAGCUGAAUAUGGUCUUAAUCAGACAAUAGGUCCUGUGUCUCUAGCAACACUUUCUGGAGGAGGGAUGGAUGAAUCUGGAGCUGCUCCAUGGGGAAGGGAUCAGGGGCAUCUUGUUGAUCUUGUUCAAAGAGAGGUGAAAGCAUUGCUGCAAUCUGCCCUUGAUGUAGCACUUUCUGUUGUGCGUGCUAAUCCAACUGUCUUGGAGGGGCUUGGUGCCCAUCUGGAAGAGAAAGAGAAAGUAGAAGGUGAGGAGCUGCAAGAGUGGUUGAAGUUGGUAGUUGCUCCAAAAGAGCUAGCUCUCUUUGUCGAAGGCAAGCAAGAGUCAUUUCUCCCGCUAAAAGCAGGCACCUAAUGAACAGUGAUUGUGCUCUCAGCUUUUCACCAUCAUGCAAACAAUGGAGCUAGCCUGUAGUGCCUCAAGCCAUUAUAAUAUGAACUUAAUGGCAUAAACUCUGAACGCCUACAGCAUUAUGUUUCAAUGAGGUAAAUUUUUGAUGUCAUUUUAACAUUACUGGCCCAAAUGCAGAAGAAAUGGGGGAAAGCUGAAUAUCUGCUGCUUGCUGCUGCCGGAGCUUAGCCAAGUCUCUCACCAUCUUGACAUUGCCCCCCUUUACACUACUGGUUGGUUUUGAAUUCUGGUGUCCAUUGGCAAUUAUUUAAGUUGUUACAGUUUCAGGUCUUUGGCAAUUGUAACCUUUUUUUUUUUUCAAGUUGUAUAAAUGAUUAUUCUGUGAAAAUAACAUAAUAAUAUGUCAAAGAAGCUGUUUUGGUGACAAA